AUCGCUCCUCCUUUCUUGUUUCCCUCUUUCUACCAUCCCUCGUUUCAGUAUUGUUCUCAUUUUUGCUUUCCUUCCACUCGUUGAUCGUUAUAUUGUCUUGAGUUCUUUUCCCCUACUACUCUACCACCUACUACUACUAUCCCGCUCCCCACCCUCAGGCCAUGAGUGUCCACUCCUCUUCUUCCCGUCCCGACGCUGCCUGGGACGAAGACUGGGAGCAACAGGCCGAUAAACUAGCCACAGAACCGUCCCCACCCCCCGAUUCGGCCCCGACCCCGGAAAAGAAGGUGUCCUCCAAAGUCACCAAGGCCCAACGUCGCGCGCAGCAAGCCGAGUUCAAUCGCCAACUAUGGGCUGAAGCUGAAUCCCCGCAGACCUUCCACUUCCUCGAAACCCGCUCCGAUGUCCCCCUCAAGCAGGAUAUCAAACCCGCCGUCACCCUCCUCAGUCGCAAUCCGCCCCCGCUAGUCACCCGCCAGUCCUCCUCCAGAGCCGUCGAUGCCGCCGCCGACGGCCUCGGACGCAUGGGGUUGGGCGUCGACGACGACUCCGAGGAUGAGAGACCCCCCGAGCCGACCCCCGAGGAGCGCCACGCCAUUGCGUUGAAGAAUCGCGAGGAAAAACAGCGCAAGUACGAGGAGGUGCGCGAGAGGCUGUUUGGAAGCCCCUCCGCGACCAACUCCGGCGCUUCGUCGCCCCGCAGCGCCACUCCGCCGAAGCAAUUUGAGGGCAGAGGGAAGGGAAGGAGUCGUGGCGGAGCCCGGGACAAUCACAGUGUCAGCAGCGGCAGUAAUAACAACACCAACAAUCGAGAGAAAAGGGACCAGUCGGUGGCAUCAGGCAAAUCGAGACAGCUUUACGACCCUGGAUCCCCGGCCAAAUCCCCCUCGAAUCACGGACCGAAGAAGGACAAGCCGCUGACCACCCGCAACGCGAAUGAAACGGCCCCUCAACAACCGUAUCGCUCCCCUCGUGGACCCGACGCGAGCGGAAGUGGCGGGUUCCGAUCUCACCGAGGUGGACGAGGCGGUUAAACUACGGAUUACGCUUCCGACAGGUCCGUGGACACGGUUACAUGGGCCAACUCGGUUUCGUUCAAUUCCAGGGGUAUCCUCAACACAACUACCAUGCAAAACCGACUGUUUCCGCUCUCCGCACGCCUGGGAAUGAAAUUUUUCCUCCUCUCAGCCCUCGGUCGAUUACGGAAGGCCUCUCCCCGAGUUGAUCGCGUUAGCAACUUGGGAAGUAUUCGGUCGGUUCUCUGUACGCACGUUAGCGUGAUACCAACCGACACGGGACUUCACCCAUCCACUCACGUGCAUAUCGUUCAUAGCUAUCCAGAUAGAGCUCAUCUCCGCUGGUGGUCGCCUUGACAUGUUCAUUGGACUCAAGCGCGUCGACCCAGGCGGCCCAGCGAGUGCCCUGCUCCG